UAUAUCACUGAGUACCUAGGAAAACUGAGAUGCUUAGUGAGUGAGGGGGUGGAGGGGACACAGUGGAGGACAUAAGGCCUCUGAUGGUUCUGAGGUUUCAUCUGCAAAUGGCUGCCAGAAGUGUGGUGAAGUGGAACAGGAAAGUAGAGGGUAUUUGUCUCGCCCAUCUCUCAUGCUCUGUUUUGCUGCAGGAUGCAGAAGGCAAAUGCCUUUGUCGUACGAGCCGAAGUAAAAGUACAGGACUGGCACGCGCCACGGAUCUUCGCUGUGGUGUGCUUCUGAGUGUAAGAGCUGGCCAACGUGAGCAAAGUGUCCUUGGUGGGGCUGAGGACAGGAGGCAGGGAAGAGGAGAUGAGGGACAGUAUCAAGUUCUAUUUUUCAAGGCUUUGUCCAAUGUCAGUUCUUCUCCUGACUGUGACCUGGAGCCUACAAUGAAACAAAACUUCGCGUUUGACAACAUGGGCUAUGAGGAGACCUUUGAAACUGUGCCCUCUCCACCUUCCCAAGAAUGCACUGUGGCAGUCAACAUUGUGGGAAUGACUUGCCAGUCAUGUGUGCAGUCAGUAGAAGGCAAAAUUUCCAAGGUGAAGGGCAUUGUGAGUAUUAAAGUCUCCCUUGAAGAGAACAACGCUGUAAUAAAGUAUCUGAAGUUGGAAAUAAGUCCUGAACAGAUUUGCCAGGAAAUUCAAGAUAUGGGCUUUGAUGCCAACAUAGCAGAGGAGAGGUUGGCAGCAGCAGCUGCAAAUUUAUCAUGCUUGAAAGAAGCAGUAGUUAAGCUUCGGGUAGAAGGUAUGACAUGCCAGUCCUGUGUCAGCUACAUUGAGGGAAAGAUUAGGAAAUUGCACGGUGUGGCAAAAAUCAAGGUGUCACUUGGUAGCCAGGAAGCAAUUAUUGCAUACUACCCUUACAUCAUUCAGCCUGAUGACCUCAAGAGCCAUAUUAGUAACCUGGGAUAUGACUGCACCAUUAAAAGUAGAUCAGCCCCUUUGAAGCUGGGUGUACUUGAUCUUGAGCGCCUGCAAAAUGCAAACCCCAAGGAGACACCAACAGCUCUUGAGAGUGAUGAGUUGGAUCCCCUAGUCACUGAAAUGAGUAGCACAGCUACGGUGACUGUGUGGAUAGAAGGCAUGCACUGCAAGUCCUGUGUGAGAAACAUUGAAGGAAAUAUAUCAGGUCUUCCUGGCAUACAAAGCAUUAAAGUGUCUUUGGAGCAGAAAUGUGCUGUGGUACAGUAUAGCCCAAAUGUAGUUACUGUGUCAGCUUUGCAGAAAGCUAUUGAAUCCCUUCCACCUGGAAACUUCAAAGUAUGCCUCCAUAAUGGGUCAGAAGCACAUGAAGGAGCAUCUCCGUCACCUGCUUUGCUGUGCAGUCCCUUCAGAGAGCCACCACAAGACGUGACGUGCAUAGCUAUUAUUAGGAUCGAUGGCAUGACCUGCAGUUCUUGUGCACAGUCCAUAGAAGGGACCAUAUCGCAGAGACAAGGAGUACAACGUGUAGCAGUUUCUCUAGCUGACAGAACUGGGACUGUACAUUAUGACCCAGCUGUUACUAAUGGAGAAGAGUUAAGAUCUGCCAUAGAAGACAUGGGAUUUGAUACUUCUGUGCUGGCAGAUACUGCCACUGGAGGACACAGGCACCAGCCUGAAGCCAUCAAUGCAGCCAUACAGCCUCAAGCUCUAGAGCCUCCUCACCAAGGUUGUGCCUCAGAUGCACUUCAAGACAGUCCUCAUCUUGAUGGGCCAAACCAGCAUGGCAGAGCAACAGCUGAAAAGUGUUUCUUACAAAUCACAGGCAUGACCUGUGCAUCCUGUGUUUCCACCAUUGAAAGGAAUCUGCAGAAAGAGGAUGGAAUUGUUUCGGUGUUGGUAGCACUGAUGGCAGGUAAAGCAGAGAUAAAAUACAAGCCAGAACUCAUAAAGCCUCCUGAGAUAGCACAGCUGAUCCAGAAUUUGGGGUUUGAAGCUACUGUUAUAGAAGAUCAUGCAGAAACAGAAGGAACAGUGGAGCUUCUUAUCACAGGCAUGACUUGUGCUUCUUGUGUUCACAACAUUGAAUCCAAGCUCACGAGAACAAACGGCAUAUUCUACGCCUCUGUUGCGCUUGCUACUUGCAAAGCUCACAUCCAGUUUGAUCCUGAAAUUACUGGACCUCGGGAUAUUAUAAAACUAAUUGAGGAAAUUGGCUUUCAUGCUUCUGUGGCUAGAAGAGUUCCAAAUGCACAUAACCUUGAUCAUAAAAAGGAAAUAGAGCAGUGGAGGAAAUCUUUCUUGUGCAGCCUACUGUUUGGUAUCCCUGUCUUAAUCCUAAUGAUUUAUAUGCUAAUACCUGACGGUGAGCAUCAUGGGUCUACGGUGCUGGAACGGAACCUCAUUCCUGGAUUAUCUAUUUUAAAUCUUCUCUUCUUUGUCCUGUGCACUUUUGUUCAGUUUCUUGGUGGAUGGUAUUUUUACGUGCAAGCUUACAAAUCAUUGAAGCACAAGACGGCCAAUAUGGAUGUGCUUAUCGUUCUAGCCACAACAAUUGCUUAUGUUUAUUCCUGUGUGAUCCUGAUGGUGGCAAUAAUUGAAAAGGCAGAGAAAAGCCCUGUCACUUUCUUUGACACUCCUCCAAUGCUGUUUGUGUUCAUUGCCCUUGGAAGAUGGCUGGAACACAUAGCAAAGAGUAAGACUUCAGAAGCUCUCGCUAAACUUAUAUCUCUUCAAGCCACAGAAGCCACUGUGGUGACUCUUGGACCUGACCACUCUGUCAUCAGGGAGGAGCAAGUAGCUGUUGAACUGGUGCAAAGGGGUGAUAUCGUAAAGGUUGUUCCUGGUGGAAAGUUUCCGGUUGAUGGAAAGGUUAUUGAAGGCAGUUCUAUGGCAGAUGAGUCUCUUAUAACUGGAGAAGCUAUGCCAGUCACUAAAAAGCCUGGGAGCACAGUGAUUGCUGGUUCUGUCAACGCACAUGGCUCGGUUCUUGUUAAUGCGACUCACGUUGGCAGUGAUACCACUCUGGCGCAAAUCGUGAAACUGGUGGAAGAAGCACAAAUGUCGAAGGCACCCAUCCAGCAACUGGCAGAUAGGUUCAGUGGAUAUUUUGUUCCAUUUAUCAUCACUAUUUCAACAGUGACAUUGAUAGUAUGGAUCACAAUUGGGUUUAUAAAUGUUGAUGUUAUUCAGAAAUAUUUUCCUAAUCAGAACAAACACCUUUCGAAAGCUGAACUAGUACUGCGGUUUGCAUUUCAAACCUCCAUCACUGUGCUGAGCAUUGCAUGCCCUUGUUCUUUAGGCUUGGCUACCCCUACAGCUGUAAUGGUGGGCACAGGAGUUGCUGCACAGAAUGGUAUUCUCAUCAAAGGCGGAAAACCCCUGGAAAUGGCACACAAGAUCAAGACUGUCAUGUUUGAUAAAACCGGGACCAUUACCUGUGGUGUUCCUAAAGUCACGAGGGUGCUUUUGCUGGGAGACACAGAUGUGCUGUCUCUGAAGAAGGUACUGGUGGUGGUUGGCACAGCGGAAGCCAGCAGUGAGCAUCCCUUAGGUCGAGCAGUCACAAAGUAUUGCAAAGAGGAGCUUGGCACUGAAAGCUUGGGAUACUGCACUGACUUCCAGGCAGUCCCAGGCUGUGGCAUCAGCUGCAAAGUUGGAGGUGUUGAGGCUGUGCUGGGCAUGGCUGAGGAGGGUCUCGGUAAGCUGGAUGCUAAGAGGAGCAGGGACAGCAGUGCUCGUCUGGGAGAUAACGCACUGAUAGAGCUCCCGGAAACAUAUGGUCCAUCAGCUUCUCAUACAUACUUGGUGCUGAUUGGCAAUCGUGAGUGGAUGCGACGCAAUGGCUUGCAGAUUGCAAAUGACAUAAAUGAUGCCAUGACAGACCACGAAAUGAAAGGGCAGACUGCCAUACUAGUGGCUAUAGAUGGUGUGUUGUGUGGAAUGAUUGCAAUAGCAGACACUGUCAAGCAGGAGGCAGCCCUUGCUGUGCACACGCUGAAGAACAUGGGAAUAGACGUGGUGCUGAUCACGGGAGACAACCGCAAAACCGCAAAAGCCAUCGCUACGCAGGUUGGGAUCAAAAAAGUCUUUGCUGAAGUUCUUCCUUCUCACAAGGUUGCAAAGGUCCAGGAGCUCCAAAGUGGGAAGAGGAAGGUUGCGAUGGUUGGUGAUGGGAUCAAUGACUCCCCUGCACUAGCCCGGGCUGACAUUGGAAUUGCAAUUGGAACGGGCACCGAUGUUGCCAUUGAAGCAGCAGAUGUAGUUCUUAUUCGAAAUGACUUGCUGGAUGUAGUUGCCAGUAUUCACUUAUCAAAGAGAACAGUUUGGAGAAUACGAAUAAAUCUGAUUCUUGCCUUAAUUUAUAAUCUGCUUGGAAUACCCAUAGCAGCAGGUGUGUUCAUGCCUGUUGGCCUUGUGCUCCAGCCCUGGAUGGGAUCAGCUGCAAUGGCAGCUUCUUCUGUGUCUGUCGUGCUGUCUUCUCUGCAGCUGAAAUGUUAUAAGAAGCCAGACACAGAAAGUUAUGAAGCCCGAGCUCAAGGCUGCAUGAAACCACUUACCCCUUCCCAAAUCAGUGUUCAUGUAGGAAUGGAUGACAGGAGGAGGGAUUCAUCCAGACCAGCUCCUUGGGAUCAGAUUAGCCAGGUGUCUCUCUCUUCCUUGACUUGUGACAAGCUGCUGAGACGUAAUGGUUUUGUUGAGGACCAAGGGGACAAAUGGUCUUUGCUCAUGAAUGGAGGAGAUGAAGAACAGUACAUCUGAAACAUUGUACUCUUAAUGGAAUAAACAUUCCUCUUCACCAGCGAUAGGAGAGACUUAUUUCAUAAAGAGCUUCAAGGCCGUAAGUGAAGUCAUUCCUUCAGCUCACAAACUAAUUGCAGCUCAUCCUGAUGCUGGGUUGUAUGGACUAUGGAUUUUUCAGGUCACCAGAUCCUUCUAGUCGUGGAAGGAGUCUGUGGCUCUGUAAUGAACAGGCUCCUUUGCACACAGCAGCUGGUGAAAUAAUAUCAAAUUGCAGUUUUCAGAGUCUAAAAGACUUUCUCUCCUACGGUCUGUUUGCCAGGCACCAAAUCUCAUACUUCUCACUCUAAUGUUAUUCUUUCAAAAGUGCAUGAAGCAGAAGCAUUUUCAGAAGCAAUCAAAUGCUGAUUUCUGUGCCCAAGUGAAAGUAGCCAUGGCAUAAGGAGCUCUGUGAUUGGAAGAUGUGUUUUUACACAGAAUCCUAACUAGUCAAGUCUUUGUGAGAGUGCUUUGCAUUUAGGGUUCGAGUGUGUCUCCUUGACUGAAAAUGCUUUAGCGUUUCACUGACUAUAACUUUCUGAAAGGUUUCUUUCAAGGAUUCCCACUUCCCUUCAAGUGUUGCAUCCAUCUCAUGCACAUUUCCAUUGCUAAACUUCUGUUAUUCUCACUGCUCUCCUGGAGUUUCUCUUUUGCUACAUAUGAACUCUUUUCAGCUCUUUGUUUGCACAAGUUCUCUUCUAGGAGUUUUUGUUAUUAAUAUGUUUACAGUAACUCCAGUUUGAGAGGAAACUCCUCCAAGUCCAUCCACAAAGGCAGAGCAAUUCCCGGUCCAAGGUGGCAUCUAAUUUUCGUGGGGAUACCUUGCAGGACCCCCUGCAGCUCCGGACAGUGUUGUAGUUGUUGAUGUCUUCCCUCUGGCAGAGUGCGUAAUUGCUGCUGCUGCGAGCGAAGGUGGUAUUUACUGUGGUGUGCCUGAGCGCAGAGCUAGCGCUGGUGGGAGUGCAGCGCGGCUGAGUGGAGGAAGUUCAUUGCAUAACUCAAGCUUUGCUGCUUACUUAAAGUGGAGCCAAAAGUUUAAACGGUAAAGGUGGGAAAAUGCCUUUAAAAUGCGGAGCUUCUGUUUGCUAUCAUAAGUAACCUUCUCUGCUGACAGAAGGACUUGAGCUAAGGAGAUUUAUAGCAGACUAAAUUUUAACGUGAAUUUGUGUUAAUGUUUUGAGUUGUUUUUAAUUUCCCUCUUUGCUCUAGUUUAAUGAGCAGUCAAGGUGCUGAACAGCCUUUUUUUUUUAAUUGAUUUUAACACCUUUACCAAAGCUUUCAGUAACUUUUUUUGCUGUGAAUGCCAGAUUCAUUCCUUAAGACUUCUCAGAGCCAAGACAGUAGGAAUCAGUGACUGCGAUGCACUGAAUCUGGUCCCAGGGUGCUGCUUUGCUCAACUUCGAGACUCUGAAGUAAGCAGAUCAGAGUUCUGUAGUCUAAUUUAAAAGUGAAAAGAGAAGAAUUACUACGCUAAGCACUGUGAAGUAACCACUCAUUGUCACCGAUUUAAAGAUUUUUCCUACAUGGGUUCAAAGCUGGCUCCUCCUAGUGUGAAAAAGAAAACGAGUCAGAGGGGAAAAGGAUUGUGCUUACAGCCCUGGGCAGAUCUCCCUGUUCUCUUCAGCAGCACUGAGUUCUCUCUUAAUUAAGCCACGGCUAUCCUGUGACGCCUUCAGCUUCACAAAAGCACUUCCUCAAAGAUUCGUACCUUCCAAGGGAGUGGCCAUAAGCUCCUUUUCAGUUCAGUGGGGAAGCACAAAUUUCUCAGGCAACUGUUCUGUUGAGGAAGAAGGAAAAGAUUAAAGGAGAGAAACAGUACCUGUGGCACCCUACUUAGGAGACCUGCUGCUUUAGAAAUAAAAUGUUAGGGUCAUGCUUGUUGGACCUCACGAAAGAAUUCUUCCAAUCUGCUUGCAUACGUAAAGGCAGAGAUGCCCUGGUAAAAGCAAUAGUCAGUGGUAUUUAGAACACUGAGGAGAUUUGAACUAAAAUAACAGUAAAUCAGCCCACAAAACCCUGACACAUUUCCAGCUUCAUUCUCACAGGACGAGUCUUCAAAAAUGGAAAACUCAACCUAGGCAAGUCAGCAUUGAAUAAACUGAGCUUCUCUCAUUCCCGGUACAGGAGAGAUUUUGUCUCUCUGCUUUGGUGUAUAAAAAAGGCCAAACAUGCAAACAAUUCAUCGUUUUCCAAACGGCAGUCUUCUGAUGAAGGCAGCAACAGGACGGCUUUCACAAACAUCCCUCGCAGCUUCCAGACCUCUAAAGGUACAGGCAGCUACGGCAUGAAAGAGAUCACUCAGACCUCCAAGAGCUUCCAGCCUGAAGGCAGCUUGGGAUGACCUGCCAGCCCCUAUCUCAGCUUCAGCAGCUAGGAGGUCCAAGGCUCCACUUCAGCCUGGCAGCUGCGAGAUGACCAUCUGCAGUGUCACCCCCUGGGAGGCAGAGGUGCACUUCUCCUUUGAGCAGGAUGGCUGUGGAAACCCCUUCCUCGUGGAACCUGCCUGCAUGAAACUAGAGCCUUAUGAGAAGCAGGGAGCUGAACUGCUUUGCCCCAGCCCAGCUGCAGAUCUGCACUCAGCCUCAGCCCCAAGCCCUGGCAGGGUGGGAUGCUUUGGUCCCAGGCCGUGGAGCUGUUUGAAAUGCAAUUGCUGCUUGCAGCUGGUUCAGAAAUGGAUUUCCUGUGGCUGUGGGGGCAGAAAUGUCUCUGUGAUGCUGACAGAGCAGCUGGAUGAGCAGAAAGCCUCUCGUGCAAACGGCUGUGGAGUGCUUCUCUCUGUUCCCUGCUGCUGGGAGGUGCUGACAGAAAGCAGGAGUCAGCCACCUGCCACCCAUCCCCUCCUGACCCCAACCCCAGAAACCCAAAGCAGCACUUGGCACAGGAGGUCUCUCGUGAUGCAGUCUCAACUUCAAGCCCUGGAAUACUUUGCUUCAGCCAGCAGCAUGGGGUUGGAUACCAACAGCAGAGUCGACUUAACCUGUGACUAAGUGAACUUUAAGUGUUCUGACUCCACAGUGGAACCUGAUAAAGAAAGAUGUGAAUGGAA